CCAGGUCGGCCGCAGCCGAAGUUCGGGAAGUCCUGCCGCUCGGAUCCCGCCGCUCCCGGUCGCGCUCACCGGGGAGGGCCGGGGCGGGGGAGCCGAGCGCUGCCCCCGCCAUGCUCCGCAGACUGGCCCGGGCUGCGGCCCAGCAGCAGGGGGCCCUGUGGGCGCGGGGAUCUGGGAGCCAGGCGGGGAUCCCGACGCACGUGGUGGACCUGCGCAGCGACACGGUUACCAAGCCCGGGCCGGCCAUGAGGCGCGCCAUGGCCGAGGCGGUUGUGGGGGACGACGACUACGGCGAGGACCCCACCGUCCGCGAGCUGCAGGCCACGGCUGCGGAGCUGCUCGGGGUGGAGCGGACCCUGUUCGUGCCCACAAACACCAUGGCCAACCUCAUCUCUGUGAUGUGUCACUGCCAGCGCCGGGGCUCCCAGCUCCUCCUUGGGCAGGAAUGCCACCUCCACGUCUAUGAGCAGGGCGGGGUGGCUCAGAUCGCUGGGGUGCACUCCCACCCCCUCCCAGACCUGCCCCAUGGCACCCUGGACCUGGCUGAGCUGGAGAGGCUGGUCACACGGAGCCUUGGGAGCCGCUACCACCCAGUCUGUGAGCUCAUCUGCCUGGAGAACACCCACAGCAGCUCAGGGGGCCGGGUCCUCCCCAUCGAAUACCUACGCCAGGUGCACCUGCUGGCCCGGAGCUAUAGGGUCCGGGUUCACCUGGAUGGGGCCCGGUUGAUGAACGCCGCGGUGGCUCUGUGCGUGCCCCCCGCCCGCAUCGUGGAGUACUGCGAUUCUGUGUCUCUCUGUUUCUCCAAGGGCCUCGGCGCACCAGUGGGGGCCCUGGUUGGGGGACCCAAGGACUUCACUGAAGAAGCCUGGCGCCUCCGGAAAGCCCUGGGUGGGGGGAUGCGCCAGGCGGGGGUGCUGGCUGCAGCUGCCCUGGUGGGACUGACUGACGCUGAGGAGGUGCUGCUGAAGGACCACCAGAACGCCCAGAGGUUUGCCAAAGGGCUCCAGGAACUGGCAUCCCCUGUCUGCUCCGUGGAUCUCACCACCGUGGAGACGAACAUGGUGAUGGUGCGGGUGGAUGGGCUGCCGCCCAAGGAGCUGUGCCAGCGCCUGCAGACCGUGAGCGCUGACGAGGUGGCCCAGACUGGCCGCGCGGUGCGCGUGCUGCUGCUUCCCUGGACGGAGCGGUCAGUGCGAGCCGUGUGGCACCGCGACGUCUCUGCGCAGGACACCGAGCUGGCGCUGGGGAAGUGGGCGUUCGUGCUGAGGGCCCUGGGGAUGGGGUGACGGACCCUGUGCCCUGGCUGGGAUGGAGGGAGGCGGGGAGUGGAGGUGUCCCCAGGGGGUGGGUGGGAGGAGAGGCAGUGAAACAACACCCCUGUCAUCCGCUGGUCUCCUUGGACCCCUUCACUUCCAUGACACAUGGGGCGAGGCCUUCCACCUGUUCAUCCAGCAAACCUCGCGUGCCCCUGUGUCCGGGACAGGGGCCCAAGCAUGCAGGGACAGGUGGGACCCCAUGGCUCUCCCAGCACAGCCCAGGAGGCAGCCACAUGGCUCAUGAGAGCAUCUUGGGGACCUCAAGAUGGAGGAAGUGUGAGAGGACACAGAAAUGGACACUGGUAUUGGGUGGCCUGGUAGGGGGCUGGGGCUUUACCUUGCAGUCAUCUAGUCCGUAUUUACCUUUUUAAACAAUAAAAUUU